UUUUGUUAUUCAAAAUGUUGGAUACAAACAUCCAAAACAUAAAUGUUCCAGAUAUAAACUUUCCAGAUAUAAAUAUUCAAGACAUAAGUAUUCAAGAUACAAAUAUUCAAGAUAUAAAUGUUCAAGAUAUAUUCAAUGAAAUAUCACAAGAUUGUAAAUAUUGUACAACUAAAUAUGCUUCUUCAACAUCUACUGAAACUUUAAAAGAACAUGUAAAAAAAAAUCAUUUUGAUAUUUAUAAACAAAAAACAAAAUCUGAAAUUAUUCCUUAUAAUCAAGAAGAACAGCUUGAAUAUAAUAAAUAUCUAAUUAACUGGAUAAUUAAAAGUUUACAACCAUUUUUAGUAACUGAGAAAGAAUCAUUUUAG